CCCAUAUUGUUUUUAUUAUUAUUACGGAUCGAGGGAAAAAAAGAAAAGCGAUUGAAGUCGAGAGUACUGUCACAGAGAUCGGAUAGUAGAGGAGGAAGAAGCAAAAGAAGAAGAAGAGAAGAUGAAAAUUUUCGUUAAAACUUUGAAAGGCUCUACCUUCGACCUCGAAGUGAAACCUGAAGACACCAUUGCUGAUGUCAAAAAGACUAUAGAAACUACUCAAGGGGCAGAUGUUUAUCCUGCUGGACAACAGAUGCUCAUUUAUCAAGGGAAAGUCCUUAAAGAUAACACAACAAUUGAUGAAAACAAGGUUGCUGAAAAUGGUUUUGUUGUAAUCAUGUUAACAAAGAAUAAGAGCUCAGCUAGGGAUGGUUCAACUGCAUCCACUGCUUCUACUACUAAGGCACCUCAGAUAAGCACCCCACCUCAAGCGCCUGUACCAACCUCAUCACCGCCUGCCCCUGCCCCUGCUCCUGCCCCUGCCCCUGCUGCUGCAGCACCUGGUCCUGCUUCUGCUCCUGCUCCUGUUUCAUCAGCUAAUGCUACGUCAGAGGCUGAUGUUUAUGGUCAAGCAGCAUCUAAUCUGGUUUCGGGAAGUAAUUUGGAGGGAGUAAUCCAGCAAAUUCUUGAUAUAGGUGGAGGGACUUGGGAUAGGGAUACUGUUGUUCGUGCUCUUCGUGCUGCUUAUAAUAAUCCUGAGAGAGCUAUUGAAUACUUAUAUUCUGGUAUCCCGGAAGUUCCACCUGUGACUCCUGUCCCUGUGAGUGGGCAAGUUGCAAAUCCUCCAGUGCAACCUCCGCCACCUGUGCAACCUUCACCUGUUCCUUCCACUGGACCCAAUGCUAAUCCUCUAGAUCUCUUUCCACAGGGCAUCCCCAACACAGGUUCAGGUGCUGCAGGUGUGGGAACUCUUGAUUUUUUACGGAACAGUCAACAGUUCCAAGCAUUGAGAGCUAUGGUGCAGGCUAACCCACAGAUAUUGCAGCCUAUGCUUCAAGAGUUGGGGAAACAAAAUCCUCAUCUAAUGAGGCUUAUUCAAGAGCAUCAGGCUGACUUUCUUCGUCUCAUCAAUGAACCUGUUGAAGGUGGAGAAGGGAAUAUCUUGGGGCAGCUGCAAGCAGCUAUGCCACAGGCGGUAACAGUUACACCCGAGGAACGUGAAGCAAUAGAACGUCUUGAAGCAAUGGGUUUUGAUCGGGCACUUGUAUUAGAAGUGUUUUUUGCCUGCAACAAGAAUGAGGAGCUGGCUGCCAACUACCUUCUAGAUCAUAUGCAUGAGUUCGAGGAAUAAUUCUUUUUUUUUUGGAAAUACUCUAUCCCUUUUUUUCCCUCCUCCUUUUUGCCCCCUAUAUGUUCGUCAACUUCAUUUUAUAGCAAAGUUUGGAGUCUGGAGUUAUAUAAUUUGUGAAGUUUCUAGACGAGAAGCUAAAUGUAAAAUUCCUUUCUCCAGUUUUAUCCCAUGUUAGGAGCUUUUGAUAUUGUUUACAUGCUUGGCUCGGUAAUUUGCUCUCGUAAUGUAUACCUGGACUGGUGAUCCCAUCAAUCAAAUACGCUGAGGUUUUACAGAA